UCAGCUGACGAGCGUAAACACACUUGGCGGAAACUACAGAUGAAGGCCAAGGGACCUCGCUGUCUUUUUCUCCUGUUUUCUGCCGUUUUAUCCCUUAAUUCCGUGUCUGGUCGCUCUCAGCAGUUGGAACGAGAGGUGGAGUCAAACGGGUGAGAGUCACAAUGCAUCGCCAAAAGAGUGGAUCAGGCUUCCCUUCGAUGUCAUCAUUUAAUGGACAGCCAAACAAGAGAAUGAGGGUGCAAGAACCAGCAAAACAAGAGGUUGUGGACGACUUUAUGGAUGACGAUGAGUGGGGAGAACUUGAUGAGGAGGCUAUGGACGAGUGCAUGGUCUUAGCCACCCAGAUGUGCUCACAAGCGCCACAGAAUAACAAUGACGUAACGAAACAAGAUGUUGGGAGUAACUUCAGUUCUACUGUUGGCAAUACAGCUCACGGUGAGAACAGCCGCGAGCAGUUUCCCGGGUCUUACAAGAACAAUUUCAAUGACAGUGGGUUCUCCAGUGUGAAAAGCAGCGCCCUUAACCAUUCCCGAGUCUUACAGAACAGUACUAAGUUGGGACGAGGCGUUGCUGGGCAUUCAAAUAAUGUGUCACGAAGUAAUUCAUACAGCACCAGGUUUAAUGACUUUUCCAUCCCAGAAACAACAGUGCAAAAAAGUGGUCCUUCUCUUUCAAAGACAGUGCACAGUGUGGGUAAAGUGUACAACUCUAUACCCAUUAAAGGGGCGAGUACAAGCAACUCUCAUGGAAACACACAUCCAACAACCUCGGGAACAGCUACUCUGAGUGACGGCGGCAAUCAAGUUGAGCUCAAGAAAAUACAGGAUGAGAAGGCCAAACUUCAGGAAGAUGUUUUGAUGAAGCAAGGAGAGAUUUCCUUGUUAAGGUUGGAAUUGAAGAGGAAGGAAGCAGCUUUGGAGGCAGAGAGGCUUGAUCGUUGCACUGCACUGGAAGCCGCAGAAAAGAGGGGCAGAGAGAAGGUGGCCAAUGCCGCAGCAGAAUCAGAGGCCAAGACGAAGGAGUCCUUAAGGUCUGUUGAGAGACUGCAGGGAGAAUUGCAUUUUAAGAACAGAGAAAUUGAGGAACUGACUAUCCGAUGCAAGCGCCUUGAGCAGCAGUCCACACAGUUGGCUCCAUCGCAAGUCACCUCGCCACUCAAGAGGGGGCGUCAUGAGUCUGUGUCUCUCUCUACAGGGAUGUCACCUGGGAAGUCUCGCAACAAUUUUAAGUCACACCUUGACUUUGGUGGAGGUCCAGUCAGUGUGCGUACCAUAGAAGUCCAAACGGAGUCAUCACAGCCGCAGGGGAAGAAGAAAAGGAGUCGUCUCUCUCUGGACAUGACAAAGGGCAGGGUAACAGGUUGCAGACGCGCUUCGUACAUGCUCUCCUCGCACGCAAUGGCUGCUGUUACAAAGGAUGAGGAAGUGAGGGCCGGUAGCUGGUCCCUUGCACCAAAGUGGGCUAGUCUUGUGUCACAGCUGAUUGCUGAGCAUCAAGACAGCACCAGUGUGGAAAAGCACUUGGUGGUGUUGGCUAUUCAAAGACUACAAGAAGUGCAAACCCUGCUUACCACAAGAGACCCAGAUGCAACAAGAGUGCCGCCAGCUCAAGGUACAGCCCCUGUGGAGUGGUAUGAGGGGAGUGUGGUGCCUGCUCUGUCUGUGUUAGAGUCCCUUAUUGCUCCGUAUGGAACUGGCCAUGAGCAGUCUGCCUUACAAGCUGCUUGUAGGCAUUUGUCACCUUUGUGUAUUAAGGAAAUUGUGGUUAACAACAGAGUUCGGCUACAUGUCCUUCAAACUCUAGAGAAAAUAGCCAGUUUCACAAUCAACAAACAUUGAGGCAGUGAUUUGUCAGCAGAUGAUAACCUCUCUCGGUGAUUGCUGCGGCAAAGUUGAUGAUUGGGAUGAUGUCCUUGCGAUGCUCAGGUGCCUCCGAGCCCUUGGAUCUCAGGCGGCAUUCACAAGCUUACUCUGCACCAAAGCAGAGUCGUGCCUUAUAGACAAGGUAUGCAUGCUGAUUAAUAAGUACUCUGGUGAUAGGACUGUCACAGUAAGCCACAUGUUAGGCUGGUUGGCUGUAUUAGUAACAGCUCCUCCGCCUUGGCUCCGAUCCACUUGCUACUGCCCCUCCAAGCUGCUCACGUGCCUCCUCAAACAGUCUCACCUGAUCCUUGAUUUCACAAAGCCAGAGAAAAGAUAUGAGAAAGCAAAAGUGUUCAACUUGCUGAAGACAUUUGUCCGAGUGUUGCACUGCUGGUCGACUGCGGACCCUGACUGGUGGGUGAAAGUUGCUUCUGUGCCAGAAUACACUGCCAUCAUGGGUACUAUUGUCGCCAAUGCAAGUGACCUACAGAUUGACAGACAAACAGUUGAUCUUCUGUGUGACUUGUAUGAAUUUGAUGAAGCAGUUUUUGAUGGUUGCUAAGGGUCGGAAAGAAAAUUAUCUCCACACAAUUCUAGAAAUCAAGGCAAGAGAAAUUAGUUGCAUUGAGAAAGCCAGUGAAGAUCUUAAAGAUGGUGGUAAAGUGAACAAACAUAGACAUAAAUAAUAAUAUGUAGUCAGUUAAAAGACAUAUAAAAGAAAUGUGAUAAAAAUGCAUAUUUUCUCUAUCAUUUUUUCUUUCUUUUUCCUUUUAAUUGCAUCCUUAUUUAUUUCUUACUGGUAAAAAGCACAUUACUGCAUGGCUCAUCACUGUACGUUGAGAAUAUGGAAGAUAUUUUCCGAACAUUUACAGAUUUCGAUGAAAUUUUAUAUUAGGGUUUGACUUGAUUAUUUUAUGCAGUUAUAGCAAGAUAUUUUCACAGUUAACAAACAAGAAUUAAGCUUAUAAAUAAUGAGCAUUAGCAUUUAAGUGGCACUUCCGUUUUAUAUUGUUUUGAUCUUAGGCUAGACAUAGUUAUUACCAGUUGAUAUUUAUGGUCACAAAGGCUUAGUUUUAAUUUUGACUUGCUCUUUCUAAGUUUGGCUUCGAGGUUCUGAGAGUAAAAACAUUAAAAAAUCAGGUAAUUAGUGAAUCAAAUGAACUUUGCAACAUCAAUUUAUUGUUUGCAACAAAAGAGAAUGCAUCAUUUUUACUAUGCAAUUUUUAUAUUAGUCAUUUUUGCUUUAUUUAUUUAUUUAUGUACUUUUUUUCUUUCUUUCUUUUUAGGAAAUUGCCCUAUGGUAAACUGCAUAGGAAGUCAAUGUACAAUAAGUUCCUGUAGAAUUUUAUGCAAAAUUUGAUAUGCUUGGUUUAAAUUCUAAGAACGUAUCUAUUACAGACGAAUAAAUGUUUGGUCUGC